AUGUUUAAGGUCAACGCUGCGGCGACGGUCCACGCGGUCGUCAUCGGAGAAAUCUACGAGUACGAGAAGCUGCGACGGUACUGCGAGGACACCGGGUACGCGUUUCGCGGCCGCAGCGACAGCGAGCUUGUGCUGGCCCUCUACAGCAUCCACGGCGCGCUUGGGCUCUUUCGGCAUCUCCGCGGUGAGUUUUCCUUCGUGAUCGUGGACGAGAGAGCGCAUGCCAGGAAGGUUGUAGCCGCAAGAGACAGAUUCGGCAUUAAACCGCUGUUCUGGACCGUGCAGCAGGGCAGAGCCUUAUUCGCAGCCGAGGCGAAGGCGUUCCUCGGGCUAGGCUGGGCCCCGGAGUGGGACGUCGACAGCAUAGCUACGUCUGCCUGGCUGGCAGAGGACAGGACCGUGUUUCAGGGCGUGCAGAAGCUUGCGCCAGGCCACUGGAUGGAGAUCGGGCCGGAAUCCGCCCUCGCGGACCUGCGCACCAGGCCGUACUGGGAUCAGCAGUAUGCCUCCAACUCGGCUACGGACCGCGACGGGAAGGACGACGAGGUGUCCAUCGCUCAAAUGAUUGAGGAUGUCCGUGAGAAGCUGGUCGACGCCGUGCGCGUCCGCCUUCGGGCAGACGUCCCCAUGGGUCUCUACCUCUCGGGCGGCAUCGAUUCCUCCGCCGUCGCUGGAAUCGUGGCGCAUCUUGUGAGUCAGGAGGGCAGGAUGUUUGGCAGCUGCCGAGCGGAUGACGCCGAUCAUCCACCUCGGAUCAAGUGCUUCACCGUUGGCUACACCGAUGCCACGUAUGAUGAAUCAGGUGAGCUCCAGCGGCGGACGCUACACGCUUCGCAAACAAUCAUGUGCUGA